CACGUCCACACGCUGCAGACAAUCUCACCAGAGGACAGGAAGCCAAACUAUGAAGCUCUGGUGAACACCAGCUGAGCAUUUGUCGCAGCCACCUGAUGAUUUUCGCCUUUUGUUGGGUGUUUUCAGCGCAGCUCUGACUGUUCAGGAGUCGCUUUGUGCAGAAAAGCUGCCCGGUGCGAUAAAAGUGUCCACGCGGAGAGGAGAAAAAAACGUUUUAAAAGCGUAACGGAGUAGAUUUUGUUUUGAUUUUGUUCGUCUUUUGCUGUCAGGACAGCGGGACUUUUUUUUUUUUAGAAAGUUAGUUCCUUGAUUUUUUCUGUAAUUUAUUUUUUAUUCGGGGCAGUUUGCAGAUAGAAGAAUGCUGCCCCAGCUCCUCACCGUGGCCUGUGGUCUCUGCUGCUUUGGUUUUUCCUCCGUCACUGCAAAUGUGCUAAAAGCAGAGGCUUGGCUGCAGCAGUAUGGCUACCUGCCUCCAGGCGAUGUCAGAGCCCAGGCCCUCCGCUCACCAAAAGCCAUUGAAGCAGCGAUAUCAGCCAUGCAGAGAUUAUACGGUUUGACUGUCACCGGCUCCAUAGACACCAACACGUUAGAGGCGAUGAGCCGGCCGCGAUGUGGCGUCGCUGACAAGUUCGGCCCGCAGCUGAAAACCAACCUGAGGAGGAAGAGAUACGCCGUGCAGGGUCUGAAGUGGGACAAGUCUGAGGUGACCUUCAGCAUACAGAACUACACCCCGAAGAUCGGAGAGCGAGCCACAUACGAUGCUAUCCGAAAAGCCUUCAAAGUUUGGGAGAGUGUGAUCCCGCUCACCUUCAGAGAGAUCCCCUACAGCCAGAUCAGAGGCAACACUGACAAGUUCGCAGACAUCAUGCUCUCGUUCUCAGAGGGUUUCCAUGGCGACAGCACGCCGUUUGACGGCGAGGGCGGUUUCCUGGCUCAUGCCUACUUCCCCGGACACGGCAUCGGAGGGGACACUCACUUUGACCUCGCUGAGCCCUGGACCACCGGGAACACGGACCAGGGGGGUAAUGAUGUUUUCCUGGUGGCGGUCCAUGAGCUGGGUCACGCUCUGGGUCUGGAGCACUCCAACGACCCCUCUGCCAUUAUGGCGCCCUUCUAUCAGUGGUUUGAAACCGAAAACUUCCAGCUACCAGACGAUGACCGCAGAGGCAUCCAGGCAAUCUACGGAAGCAAAUCUGGGGCUCCCCCUCCUCCUCCUCGCCCGCGACCCACAAAGCCGUUGUACCCCGACAAUGGCCCAGACAUCUGUGAGGGACACUUUGACACCAUCGCCAUCCUCAGAGGGGAAAAGUUUGUAUUUAAGGAUAAGUGGUUUUGGCGUGUGCGCAACAACAAGGUGUUGCAAGGUUACCCGAUGACCAUCAGUCACUUCUGGAGGGGCCUGCCCUCAAACAUCAACGCCGCCUACGAGAGGGAUGAUGGGAAAUUUAUCUUUUUCAAGGGUGACAAGUACUGGGUUUUUAGUGAGUCCACCAUGGACAAGGAUUCCCCCAAGAGCCUGAAAGACCUUGGCACCGGUCUACCAAAAGACAAGAUCGAUGCUGCUCUCUUCUACACACCAACAGGACAGACGUACUUCUUCAGAGGCACCAAGUAUUACCGUUUUAACGAGCAGACUCGCACCGUGGACAGCGGAUAUCCAAAACCCAUCAGCAUGUGGAGCGGGGCACCGGAGAACAUCAAAGCUGCCAUCAUGAGUGAAGACGGAUCUUACACGUACUUCUACAAGGCCAACAAGUACUGGAAGUUCAACAACCAGUACAUGAAGGUGGAUUCUGGCUACCCCAAGUCUGUGCUCAGCGACUGGAUGGGCUGCGAAGGCGAUGAGCCCAAGAGGGGUCGGGAAGAGGAGGUGAUCAUCAUCGAGGUGGACGAAUCACAGAGCGGGGCCGGACCGGUCGCCGUGGUGAUCCCUCUCCUCCUGCUGGUGCUGGUGGUGGUCACUCUGGGAGCGCUUUUGUUCUUCAGGAAGUACGGCACGCCUCGACGCCUCCUCUACUGCCAGAGAUCCCUCCUGGACAAGGUGUAGAGAGGAGGCGAUAGACAGACUGCCACAGAGGGACAGAAAGAGAGGAGGAGAGAACGAGGGCCGGGUGAGGAUGGAAACUGAGCGGAGGAAGUAAAGGAGGAGGAGAAAGCGAACGGAGAAAAGACAGAAGAAACAGGGGGGAGGAGGGGAACAACGUGUUAAGUUUUGGGUGGCUUGUACGUGCCACAAAAGCGAGAAAAAAAAGGCCCUAGAAACUGAAAUCAGGAAAAAUGUGUAUUUGUAUGUUAAGUAUUUACAUGUACUGUGUUCGGAGAUUGACAACAUACCCACAGUCUCACGUAGAGAAGGGAAAAUUACAAAGAGACUCAUCCACGACUCCUCUCUCACAUCCCAGGUUUAAAAACACAAACAUCCCUCCUUCCUUCCUCUCCUUUAAACUGGACGACUCCAGCUGAACUGCUGUCUGAUUCAUUCACACCUUUGAGAUUUGUGUCUCAUUUUUGGGUUUUACUCAGAAAUUCAUCAUCUCUGUUGAGUUUUUGCUCUGAAAAAAAAUUGCUGUUGAGUUUCACUUUGAAAAACAUGAACUCAUUGUGACUUUUUUACUCUUGAAUUCAUUUAUUUGGCAAAGUUUUGAUAUUUGGCUAAGCGGUAUUUCCUAUAUUUCUUGUUUUUUGUUUCUACCACUAAGUAGGGCUGGGUAUUAGACAUUAUACAUCUGUAGUUCCACCUCAAGUUCUCUAUUCUUAUCUUGUGCAAAGCAAUUCCCACAACGCAGAUGCUGAUAAUAGAAAUCUCUUCCCAGCUGGCCACCAGCGUCAUUAGAAGAUGACAUUUGGUGAUGAAAAUACAACGUCAGGACGACAUCUAAGAUCAACGUCAACUUCAGGCAUACUGACAACAAAUGUCUGUUUAAAAAAAGGAAAAAAAAAAGAAGUAAAAGCAAAAUUGAAGUCAUAAAAUAGCGCAGAUUAAAAUAUAGGGCUAAAAAAUAAAAUAUAGAUAAGUAAUAUAAAUUUGUGUUGACAGUAUUGCAAAUAAAGAAACUGAAUGUAAACAGAAUGUAAACAGGGAUGAGCUUAAUAUAUAUGCGCAUAAAUGAUUUCACAGCAGCUUUCUUUAAACCAAAAAAAUUAAAUGUGAUGUUUUGCAAUGAAAUUGCAGAAGCAAGUGAAAAUAUCAAAAAUCUGUGCAUAUUUUAGUGUAUUUUAGCCAUUCUGCUUUAUGUUUUGAGGUUGAAAAGUGUUUUCCAAUCAAUGACUUUUUGUUCCAUAUCAAUGAUACAGAAAAAAAGCUUGGUGAAACUACGAUGAUUGGUCAAAUUUGCAAAAACCUUGUGGUGAUAAGCAAAAAAAUUACAAGUUCAUGCAGAAAUCACAGGUAUUGGUUGAAUUUGCAUUAACUAUUUUGACAUCAUAACAACCUGGAGGGGCUGAUAUUGUGCAGCCUGAAAUGUGUCUACUGCACACAGUAUUAAAAAUUGUCAGAUUGGUAAUCACUGAAGAUUUCCUUCUUUAGUCUUUAUUCCUUUAGGACAAAAAAUUGCCUAUUUUUUCCUAUUUUAUAAAGGUAAAGUUCUUUGACUGUUGCCUGUGCUUUGACAAUAAUAAUAUUUGAGAACUUUGGCUUCUCGUCAAUGGAAAUAAGUGCUCUUAUGUUUCAAAAUAAGGUACUAAAAGUGUUACAUUGACACUAGUAUGGAACAUUUUUAACGAUACCUAGCCCUACUACACAGUCCAGUAGCCAGAAGUAAUUGUGGGCAUUGUGCAUUUCUGCAAACCAUGAAUACAUUACAUUUGUACAUUUCUAAAGUGAUAAUAUAUGAGCUGACUUUGUCAUCAGGAGGUGGAUGGCGUGACACCACGGCGAUACACAUGCCGAGCUGUAGACCACUGUCUGAGAACAAAAAACAACAAAAUGGGUUGUUUUUUGGGUGCUUUUAGCAAGACAUCUGGACAUUUCUGGUCAGAAUUGUACCCCCAAAACUGGGUAUUUUAAGCCCAGACAUAAUCUUUUCCAGAACCAACCCAAGAUAUAUUUGUUCCUAAAUAUGAUGACACUUAAACCGCAGCAUUUUUCAGACAUAUCAGCAACAUAAUAGUGUAUGAAAUGUUACAUUUUCAGGGUAUGAAGAGAUACACAAUGCCAACAUUUAUACAGGUAAUUGUGUCACGCUACAACAAUUAUUCAGUCAAAUCUGCUUCACUCCAACCAUGUUCAGUUUUAGUUAAAAUCACCCGCCUCAUGUUUGACGGAGCUGAGUAUAACAGCGUGUCCCGUAUGCACAGUGUUCGUGUCGAUUGAUGCAGAUUUUUCAACAGUUAGGAUUUUUGAUUAUUGUGUUUUUUAACCGGGAUUAUGUCCACAAAUCUCAAACGUAACACGAGGUUGCCGGAGAAGAUUCCCCACUUGUUGAAAAAAAUCAAAAAUGGUACAAAAACUAGAAUCUUGAAUAUGAUCCACAGGUUUCUCUCAGUGCAAGCAGUCAGACGGGAAAAAUAUUUCUUAAAAACGUGACUCGCGAAUGACAGUUUUCAAACAUUCCAGUACAUUUGUUGUCGAAUAGCAGAGCUGCUUGUCCAAAUGUAAGCGGUACAACAAUAAGGUGCAAUUUUUAAUUAUUAUCAUUGUUACGGGAAAUUGUUGUUAUUAUAAGUAUGGUUAUUGUUAUUAUUGUUCUCCUGGUAAAGUUAUAAUAAUUUUUUUUUUGUCUUUUGUACAUUGUCAUCUGGAGUCCUGCUGGACAGAGGCAUAACGUGACAAUGGUGGAAAUAAAUCCCAGUUUACACUCAGCAGCAUGUGAUAAAUUAGAUCAGAUCAGGGGGAGUAAAUGUGACUUCAGGGAGUUUCGUAUUACUAGGAAACGCCCGAAAUUACAGAGAUGUUGGCACAGAAUAACAAGCGACUCUAUUUAUGAACUUUGAUGGUGCUCAAUGAUUUUUUUUUUUUACAUAAAUCAAAAUUGAAGGUGAAUGCAUUCAGUUAAUAACAAUGAUAAUGGUAAUGAUAUUUAUAAUGAUGAUCAUAUCAAUAAAAUGGAAUGAGAUUUUUUUUUCUGCCUGUUUUCACUUUUGUAUUUCAUUAGAUAAAGUGAAAUUAAACUAUUUUCUA